UCGCAGGCGUAUCUUGAAAGCAAUAGGUUCGGCCAUUUUAUAUAUCUACCAUCGACCCAGUGGAACACACGGAAGACCUCAAAGUAAUAAUCUAAUCAAUAUCCUACAUCUUCUUACUCAUCAAUCUUCUAUUCGACCUUUACAACAUCCGACGGAGGACAUCUUGGGUCUUGAUCUACUUCCUAUCGGGUCAUGAAUCUCUCUAGUCUCUUCCACGAACGAAAGAAUCAUCAACAACACUUCUCUCCUUAUACCAACGUACCAGAAGUAAUGGCUUCACCAUUGGUUUCCAAUCCUUACAGUUCCCAGGCUAUGGCUCAACAUUCUCCCUACACAUACGUUAACGCACCUCAACCACCACCUUCGCCACCUGUGGACGAAACUUCAAAAUGUUCCUUACCAUCCAUUUCAAGUCUAUUAGGUUUGGCCGAUGUAUCAAGCCCUACAGAGCAAACUCAGCAGCAGUCAUCGCCACAACAAGGUUAGUGCUCUCAGGUCCUCCAUUGUGUUUCAAAUGAUUGAUUUUCUCUCUCAGCUGCCUUGAAGGAAGAAUACAGACCUGAAUCUGGACACCAGUACGGUCCUUCCCCAUCAAUGAGCUCACGAGGUGCUCUUCCACCCACACCUCCAAUGCAAUCUGACGGCGGCUUUGACGGCAGACAAUCUCCAUCUCAAGCAUCUACUUCAUCAUAUUCAGUAGUCUCAGCACCAAGUUACUACUUCAAUCCUUCCCAGAUCUCGUCCAUCAACAAUAUGGAGCCUCACGCGCAACGUCAGCCAAUUCCCGUCGUAACUAGGAGGGUCUCAAUGCCAGUUGCUCCAAUGCAGUACACUCAUUCACCAUUCAACGGUGCAUACACUAUGUCUCCAGGAGCCCAAUCUUUGAGCUCCUACUACUCGAGUCCAAUACAGACACCUUCUCCCCAAGUUCCUGGACUAUAUUAUCAAAGACCACUUCCACAGGUAUGUUAUAUAUUUAUCAUCAACGGAGUAACAAUGUGACUAAUAACCCAAUAGCAAUUUCCUCCAACAAUGAUGCCAGUGUCUGUGACUCUGACUCCAUCCUCUGGUGCUAAUCCAUGGCAACAUCACCACUACAUCUCGCCUUCAUCAGCUGCCUCAUUCCCUCAAUCACAAGAUAGAUACAUCUGUCAGACUUGCAACAAAGCUUUCUCGAGACCGUCGAGUCUUCGAAUUCACAGCCACUCACAUACUGGCGAGAAACCCUUUAAGUGUCCCCACCAAAAUUGCGGGAAGGCCUUCAGUGUAAGGAGCAACAUGAAGAGGCAUGAGCGAGGGUGCCACAGUUUCGAAAGUGUGUCUAUGGUCUGAGCGUUGUCGUCUUAAUGGUUGAAAUAGCCAUGAUGGAUAAUAGCCUCGCUCAUCAAUAAUGUAUAAGUAGCUGGGUACUUUGUGGGAUGGCUUUCCUUACUCACGAUACCCGUCCUUUGGUCUAUAGUUCUUAUUCUUGGGAGGAUCUGUAUAUUUAUGAAAGGCGUUUAGAAAUACUGGGGGUGGAUAAUAUUUGCGGUCUGCAUUUACAGGGGCGUUAAUGGCUAUUAGUUCCUCGGAGGCUACGAGAGAACGGAUUUACUAUGUGAAGACAAAGUUGAGACAAAGGGAUCGUAAGGUCGAGAGUUGGCUCUGGGAAAAAAGAAAAGAAUGGGAUGAAGAAUAUUAUGAAGAGAUGCUUGCAGGUCCAUCACCAUUCUCUAGAGAAUAGACAAAUGAUAGUGUAAAAGUAAUGGAAUCAAUUCAAAAAUGACACCUUCAAGGGGCA